AUUUUAUGACAGCCCAUUCACUAGAACGAGAACCUUCUGAGCUGCGAUAUUGAUAGACUACCAUAUUAAGACAUUUAAAAUAAAAAAAUAUAUUCAUUUCUCCAGAGUGGAUAAAAAGUAACCUGUAAGUAGCCUAUCCCAACGUGUCAAAUUUAAUAGUGUGCUCUCACCUGAACAGUGCUGCAGUCCGUAACAUUAUUAUUAACCCGGAUUCAGGUUACAAGAUUGGAAGUGGAGAUGUUGGGAAAACAUUUUCUCUGGGGUUGUCUCCUUUCGGUGUCAAUUCCGUUAUGUUUCGCCGAAGACCUGAAGAGGGAUGCGCAUAUACAGCAUGAAAAUGAUUCAGUUUGGAGCCAAGGGAAACCCGGAAGACUGUUUGCCAGGAGACGGAUUUUGCCACAUCAGGGACAGCACCACGUUGAAUUUCAGAAACACGAGCCUGUAGCCCCUGCCCGGCGGUGUGGCCGUCUGAUGGAUAGCUGUGCCCCUCACACCCCCUGCUGUGACCCCUGUGCUUCCUGCCGCUGUCGCCUCUUCAACACCAUCUGCCACUGCUGGAGACUGGGCCCACACUGCCCCAAGAAGACCUAGACAAACACACACACACACACACACCAUACAUAACUCUUCACCACAUAUACACACACGACUGCCACUGUUGGAAACUGGGCCAGCACUGCCCCUAGAGGAACCAGAGACCCUGUACAGGCAAACACACACACUCACAUACACAUCUCACAGAGACUGCUAGACAUCACACUGAUGCACUUGCACAGGUAAACACAUACGGAUACAAAAACAUGGACAUACUACACAGAUAUAUAUGCUUAAAUGUUUUGGACCUGAUGAAUGACACAUCACAUAUCACAAGGUCCACAAUAUAGGUUCAAUGACACAUCACGUAUCGCAAGGCCCACAAUAUAGGCUCAAUGACACAUCACGUAUCGCAAGGCCCACAAUAUAGGUUCAAUGACAGAUCACGUAUCGCAAGGCCCACAAUAUUUUCUAUGUAUGUAUAUAAACGAUGUAUGGAUGUGUUGUGGAUAUGUAACAGUAUAUGUUUCCUGCACAACUGUAUUAAUUCUGCUUUUGUAUAACUGUGCACCUCUGCUACUGUAGAUUGUAGGUCAUGUCGAGCCAAUGCUAACCCAUAAAAAACAUCAAAUAACUUCCACAAACAUCCUCUCUAUAUUUUCUCUAUUGAAUAAAUAACUUUGUUAGCCUCA